GUUGCGAGGUAACUAUGCAGAGUUCUACGAGUGUGGGAGGGGGGAUUAUUAUGGGAUGUCUGCCCCCUUUGUGUGUUUGUGAGGAUGUUAGCUAGGCUUUGCCUGUAAGGUUGGGGGAGAGAAGGGGGACAGCGCAACGUGUUUGGGUCACUUACGGCCCAUUUUAUUUUGGUUUCAAUUGCGUCACCCUCAUGAAUCAAUGAAGAAUAUUGACAGCUGUGCAACACGCUAACGUCAAAGUUAUAUUAUUCAAAGGAGGGCGAUUAAGACAGACAUCGACCCGGGACUACAACACUACACGCCCACCGCCCCCUCCCUUCCCGGACACCCCAGCUCCGUGCUCCGCCAGCCCCACGUCAUUUUCCCUCCUCCCUGGCGGACGGAGCAAGGUUUAAAGAGGGAUUAAUUCGAUUUGGCAGUAAAAAUUAAAACAGAAACAAAUCAUGUCCGGGAGCGAGGAAGAGAGGGAGGACUUCGGACCCCCGGACGACCACUCACUUCUUCUCCGCGAUGAUGAUGAACCGGAGGAUGCUGCUGCUGUGUCCGAUAUUGAGCUUCCCAAGUCAAAGAAAAAGAAAAAAGCAAAGAAGAGUAACCGGGAGAGCAGGAGCAGCAAGAGACAAAGACCCGUCAGAGAGGAGCUGCCAGUCAGCUCUCCAGAGCCCCUGAUCGGAGUGGAGCCGGUGGAGAGAAACGCAGAAGACGGAGGAGGUAGGAGGUCGGAGAGCGAAGGGAGCGAUUACGCUCCCGGGAGGAAGAAGAAGAAGCGCUCCAGCUCGGCCAAAGAGAAGAAGAAAGGGGGCGGUGGCACGGAGAAGGGCUCGUCCAGCUCCAAGAACAAACGCAAGGACCCCGAGCCAGAGGAGGACGAUGAUGAUGAGGAUGACAAUCAGCCCAAGAGCUCCACCCAGAUGCUGGAAGACUGGGGGAUGAAGGACAUCGACCACGUGUUCACCCAGGAGGACUACAGCUCCCUCACCAACUACAAAGCCUUCAGCCAGUUCGUCAGGCCGCUCAUCGCCGCUAAGAACCCCAAGAUCGCCGUGUCUAAGAUGAUGACCUUGAUGAUGGCCAAGUGGCGCGAGUUCAGCACCAACAACCCGCUCAAGGGUUGUGCCACCGCCAACGCCACACUGGCGGCCGCAAACGUGGCGGCGGCGGUGGAGAGCAUGGUGGUCGCCGGGCCGGACGGAGGGGCGGAGCCCAGGAGGGCCCCGACGCCCGAACCGUCUCCCGUUCCUUCCCCCGUCCCGGUGGUGGUGGCGCCGCCGCCGCCGCCGCCGCCACCACCACCCCCUCCUGCGGUCCCCGCCCCACCGCUCCGCAAAGCCAAGACCAAAGAGGGCAAAGGUCCCAACGCACGCAAAAGGUCAAAGCCCGCGGCGAAGGCUCAGUCCAAACCCAAGGCCAAGAAGGUCGCCCCCCUUAAGAUCAAACUGGGGGGUCUGAACAGCAAGCGCAAGCGCUCCUCCAGUGACGAGGACGAGCCCGAAGCAGAGAGUGACUUUGACGAAACCAACUUCGCUGUGUCGGACGGAUCGAACCGCAGCAGCCGCUCCAAGAAGAAGCCCAAGAGCACCAAGAAGAAGAAGAAAGUGGAGACGGAGGACGGCGACGGCUAUGAGACGGACCACCAGGACUACUGCGAGGUGUGCCAGCAGGGGGGGGAGAUCAUCCUGUGUGACACCUGUCCCAGGGCCUACCACAUGGUCUGCCUGGACCCUGACAUGGAGAAGGCCCCCGAGGGCAAAUGGAGCUGCCCACACUGUGAGAAGGAGGGGAUCCAGUGGGAGGCCAGAGACGAGCUGUCUGAGGGCGAGGUGGAGGAUGAGGAGGAGAGGCCGGAGGAGGAGGAGGAGGGGGUGGAGGAGGAGGAUGACCACCACAUCGAGUACUGCAGGGUGUGCAAGGACGGGGGAGAGCUGCUGUGCUGUGACACCUGCCCCUCCUCCUACCACAUCCACUGCCUCAACCCCCCCCUGCCUGAGAUCCCCAACGGAGAGUGGAUCUGCCCCCGCUGCACGUGCCCCAUUAUGAAGGGCAAAGUUCAGAAGGUGCUCACGUGGCGCUGGGGGGACGUCCCGGCCCCCACCCCGGUGCCCCGCCCUGACGAUCUGCCCGCCGAGGCGCCGGACCCCCCGCCGCUGGUGGGCCGGCGGGAGAGGGAGUUCUUUGUGAAGUGGUGCAACAUGUCCUACUGGCACUGCUCCUGGGUGCAGGAGCUCCAGCUGGAGCUGAACUGCCAGGUGAUGUUCAGGAACUACCAGCGCAAGACGGACAUGGACGAGCCCCCGCCCGACUUCGGCGGGGAGGGGGACGACGACAAGAGCAGCAAGCGCAAGAACAAGGACCCCCUGUACGUGCACAUGGAGGAGCAGUACUACCGCUUCGGCAUCAAGAUGGAGUGGCUCAUGGUGCACCGCAUCCUCAACCACAGCGUGGACAAGAAGAGCAACGUCCACUACCUGAUCAAGUGGAGGGACCUGGCCUACGACCAGGCCUCCUGGGAGAGCGAGGACACCGACAUCCCAGAGUACGACGCCUACAAGCAGACCUACUGGAACCACAGAGAGCUGAUGGUGGGUGAGGAGGGCAGGCCGGGUAAGAAGCUGAAGAAAGCGGUUAAAGUCAAGAAGGCUGAGAGGCCCCCCGCCAACCCUGUUGUCGACCCCACCAUCAAGUUUGACCGGCAGCCAGACUACCUGGACAGCACGAGGGGCACCCUGCACCCCUACCAGCUGGAGGGGCUGAACUGGCUGAGGUUCUCCUGGGCACAGGCCACGGACACCAUCCUGGCCGACGAGAUGGGCCUGGGAAAGACAGUGCAGACCGCCGUCUUCCUGUACUCCCUGUACAAAGAGGGCCACUCCAAAGGGCCCUUCCUGGUGAGCGCCCCCCUGUCCACCAUCAUCAACUGGGAGAGGGAGUUUGAGCUGUGGGCCCCGGACAUGUACGUGGUGACCUACGUGGGAGACAAGGACAGCAGGGCCGUCAUUCGUGAGAACGAGUUCUCCUUUGAAAACAACGCCAUCCGUGGCGGGAAGAAGGCGUCCAAGAUGAAGAAAGACUCCCCAGUGAAGUUCCACGUGCUGCUGACUUCCUACGAGCUGAUCACCAUCGACCAGGCCGUGCUUGGCUCCAUCGAGUGGGCCUGCCUAGUGGUGGACGAGGCCCACAGGCUCAAGAACAACCAGUCCAAGUUCUUCCGGAUCCUCAACAACUACCCCCUGCAACACAAGCUGCUGCUGACGGGAACCCCUCUGCAGAACAACCUGGAGGAGCUGUUCCACCUACUGAACUUCCUCACCCCCGAGAGGUUCAACAAUCUGGAGGGUUUCCUGGAGGAGUUUGCGGACAUCGCCAAAGAGGACCAGAUCAAGAAGCUCCACGACAUGCUGGGCCCCCACAUGCUGAGGAGGCUGAAGGCCGACGUCUUCAAACACAUGCCCUCCAAGACGGAGCUCAUCGUCAGAGUGGAGCUCAGCCCCAUGCAGAAGAAAUACUACAAGUUCAUCCUGACGCGUAACUUUGAGGCGCUGAACACCCGCGGGGGCGGGAACCAGGUGUCCCUCCUCAACGUGGUGAUGGACCUCAAGAAGUGCUGCAAUCACCCCUACCUCUUCCCUGCCGCUGCCAUGGAGGCGCCCAAGCUGCCCAACGGCAUGUAUGAGGGCGGGGCGCUGACCAAGUCCUCGGGGAAGCUGCUGCUGCUCCACAAGAUGAUGAAGAAGCUGAAGGAGGGCGGCCACCGCGUGCUGGUCUUCUCCCAGAUGACCAAGAUGCUGGACCUGCUCGAGGACUUCCUGGAGAACGAGGGCUACAAGUACGAGAGGAUCGACGGGGGGGUGACCGGGGGCAUGAGGCAGGAGGCCAUCGACCGCUUCAACGCUCCUGGCGCCCCCCAGUUUGCGUUCCUGCUGUCUACCAGGGCCGGGGGCCUGGGCAUCAACCUGGCAACCGCCGACACCGUCAUCAUCUAUGACUCCGACUGGAACCCUCACAAUGACAUCCAGGCCUUCAGCAGAGCUCACCGAAUCGGCCAGAACAAGAAGGUGAUGAUCUACCGCUUCGUCACAAAGGCCUCGGUGGAGGAGAGGAUCACACAGGUGGCUAAGAAGAAGAUGAUGCUGACCCACCUGGUGGUGCGGCCCGGCCUGGGCUCCAAGACGGGCUCCAUGUCCAAGCAGGAGCUGGACGACAUCCUCAAGUUUGGGACGGAGGAGCUGUUCAAGGACGAGCUCGGGGAAGGGGACAGCAAGGAGGAGGACAGCAGCGUGAUCCACUACGAUGACAGGGCCAUCGACCGGCUGCUGGACCGCGACCAGACGGUGGCCUCGGAGGACACGGAGAUCCAGAGCAUGAACGAGUACCUGAGCUCCUUCAAGGUGGCUCAGUAUGUGGUGAAGGACGAGGAGGAUGAGGAGGAGGAGGUGCAGCGGGAGGUGAUCAAGCAGGAGGAGAGCGUGGACCCGGACUACUGGGAGAAGCUCCUCCGCCACCACUACGAGCAGCAGCAGGAGGACCUGGCCCGCAACCUGGGCAAGGGCAAGAGGACCCGCAAGCCUGUCAACUACAACGACGGCUCCCAGGAGGACCGAGGUAUAAGACGGGAAGGCAGAGGUAAAAACAAUUGGCAGGAGGACCAGUCGGACAACCAAUCAGAUUACUCCGUGGCCUCAGAGGAGGGAGAUGAAGACUUUGAUGAAAGAGCUGAAGCCAACGCCCGGCGGCCCAACCGCAAGGGGCUGAGGAACGACCGGGACAAACCCCUGCCCCCCCUCCUGGCCCGGGUGGGCGGCAACAUCGAGGUGUUGGGCUUCAAUGCCCGCCAGAGGAAGGCCUUCCUGAACGCUGUGAUGCGCUACGGCAUGCCCCCCCAGGACGCCUUCACCACCCAGUGGCUGGUCAGAGACCUGCGGGGCAAGUCUGAGAAGGAGUUCAAUGGCGUUCCUCUCCUCAGAGCGUACGUGUCGCUCUUCAUGCGGCAUCUCUGUGAGCCGGGCGCCGACGGAGCGGAGACCUUCGCCGACGGCGUCCCACGCGAGGGGUUGUCACGGCAACACGUCCUCACUCGCAUCGGGGUGAUGUCGCUCAUCAGGAAGAAGGUGCAGGAGUUUGAGCACGUCAACGGCCAGUGGUCCAUGCCCUGGAUGGCCGAAGUGGAGGAGCACAAGAGGGCCGCAGCCCUGGCAGCUGGGGAGGACCCCAAGACCCCUUCUACUGGGACCCCCGCAGACACACAGCCCAACACCCCCGCCCCAGAGGAUUUGACUAAACUGGAUGACAAGGACUCAGAGAUGAAGAAGGAGGGAGAGGAGAAAAAAGCAGCCUGCAAAGCAGAGGAUCCUGAGAUCAUCGAGAUCCCCGACGACGUGGAGAAGUCUCCGGGCUCAGAGAAGAAGGACGAGGAGGGAGACCCGGCGGCCGUGAAGGAGGAUAAAGAGGAGGCAGGAGGCGCCCACACAGACGAGGAGAAGGAGGGAGAAGGAGACACCGCCAAGGAGAAGGACGACAAGGAGAAGCCUUCGGAGGCGGCUGAGAAGGGCGUGCCCAUGGAGGUCAAGGGGGAAGGUUCAGAGGGCAGCGGGGGGCCGGAGGACGCAAAGAGUAAAGCGCCAGACAGCAAAGACGACAAGAUGGACACCAGUCCCCCUACAGAGGAGAAGAAAGAGCUGAGGGAUCUGAAGGAAGGGGUGAAGACGGAGGAGUCUGGCAAGCUGCAGAACGGAGAGAGCACCAAGGAAGGAGCCGCCGCCGCCGCCACCGCUGCCGCCGCCACAGCCACCGCCGCCGCCGCCACAGCCACCGCCCUCGUCAACGUCAGCGAGGAGAAGAAGAAGGCCACCAAGCAGCGUUUCAUGUUCAACAUCGCUGACGGAGGAUUCACAGAGCUCCACUCUCUCUGGCAGAACGAGGAGCGGGCCGCCACCGUCACCAAGAAGACCUUUGAGAUCUGGCACCGUCGCCAUGACUACUGGUUGCUGGCGGGCAUCAUACAACACGGCUACGCCCGCUGGCAGGACGUGCAGAACGACGUCAAGUACGCAAUCCUGAAUGAGCCCUUCAAAGGGGAAAUGAGCCGGGGCAACUUCCUGGAGAUCAAGAACAAGUUCCUGGCGCGCAGGUUCAAGCUGCUGGAGCAGGCACUGGUGAUCGAGGAGCAACUGCGGCGGGCCGCCUACCUCAACAUGUCCGAGGACCCCGCCCACCCCUCCAUGGCGCUCAACACGCGCUUCAGCGAGGUGGAGUGUCUGGCCGAGUCCCACCAGCACCUCAGCAAGGAGUCCAUGUCGGGGAACAAGCCCGCCAACGCAGUGCUGCACAAAGUUUUGAAGCAGCUGGAGGAGCUGCUCAGCGACAUGAAGGCUGACGUCACACGUCUCCCGGCGACCAUCGCCCGGAUACCGCCCGUUGCUGUGCGCCUCCAGAUGUCCGAGAGGAACAUCCUGAGCCGAUUGGCCAGCCGGGGGCCUGAGGUCCAGGGGCAGAACCAAUUGCAGAGCCCGCAGCCGAUGCAGGUGCCACGCUGAACCGGAGAACUCUUCCCCACCCCUCUCCCACACCUAAACUGUCUGUCUGCGACCCUAUUGGCUAGUGUAGCGGUGACAUCACUGCCCCCCUGCCCCUCUAGGCAGCCUGACCCCCCCUCCAACACCCCCCCCCCCGUCUUUUGUCUAGGACUGCACUGCCCGCUCUUACUUUGAAAUAACUGGAACCAUAGAACAAGGGUAGAGCGUAAGAAUGGGUUCUCUUAACGACUAAUUUAUGUAUUACUAAGGCCAAACGGCCCAUCUCUCUGUACUAGAAACACCCAUUCAAAACCUCGAAAACCUGAACACUGUCUUUGGGCCAGUUCACUUAUGUCGUCUCAGCAGGGUCAAAUGUUGUAAAUAUGUAUUAUAAACAUGGAAAAAAUUGCUAGAUGACAGCAUUUAUAUAUUAGGAGUAUUGGUGCUUUGGGGUACAUUUUGGAAUAUCGAGGAAAACAAGGGAUCCGUGAUGCUUUUUUCUUUUUUAUGUUGACAGUUGUGUGGGAUUUCGGCUUUUGUUUUGAGUUCCUUCAGGCUCAGCCUGUGCUGUGUGUGUGCGUGUGUGUGUGUGCGUGCGUUUCUAAAGAUAGUUGGGCAUCCUCACGUGCAUCUCUACUGCGGACCACCCCGUCCCUGAGGACUGGCACAGUUCUCGGGGAGUCUAACAAGGGGAGGUUGAUUCUAGAGUCACAUGGAGAUACGCCCGUUUCAGUUUGGACUACACCUCAAUUGAACUUUAACCUCAAGACUCUUGGACUGUUGGCAAAUCACAGCGCCACCCUCCACUAAAUACAAACAGUCAUAUGUUGCGUGUUUUGUAUGUGCUGCUGCCCACGGCACCGCUGAGAGAGACGAGAGGAUGUUGUUACCGUGUUCAUCCGCGUGACGUUUCACCUCCCCAUGCAUUAGGAAUGUGGUACAUUCCUGACUGUACCACAGAGUUAUUCGUACUACCUUUCCGCUCAGGUGUUUUUGGCCUGUGAUAGGCUCUCUCUUCCACUUGGGACACGCCCCCCCCCCCCCCCCCCCCCCCCCCCCCGACCCCACCCCCAAACAGCACCUUGACAUUCCUAAUUGUACCACAGAGUUAUUCGUGAGGGUAACCCUAACCCCCCCCUGUCUUAUGACUUCUGCAGAAGGACCUGGAACAGGUCGGAGAUAGGUACAUAGGACAACGUUGAAAACGAUGGCAAUCUUAAGUUAAUUAAAUUUUCUUACCGUCUGUA